AUGGACGAUUUGGCUGAUUGCCGUGAAGUGUUCGCAUAUUUCGAUAGCAAGGGUGAUGAGCGAAUCUCUGUCCAACAGGUCGGCGACGUUCUCCGUGCUUUGGGUCAGAACCCAACAGAAGCCGAAAUUCACCGGUGUGUCGGUUCUUUCGACAAAGAAGCUCGUUUGUCGUUUGAAGACUUUGUUCCAAUUUUCCAGUCUGUUUCUAAGAACCGUGAGAAACACACCGUUGAAGAAUUUGUUGAAGGACUGUCUCAUUUUGACAAAGAAGGAAAUGGAAUGAUCAAUGUAGCCGAGCUCCGACACUUGCUCACAACACUCGGAGAACGUCUUUCUGACGAAGAUGUUGAUCAAUUACUUGCCGGGCACAAUGAUUCGCAUGGAAAUGUUAAUAUUUCUGACUUCGUCCGUGCCGUUAUGAAUUCAUAA